AUGACAGCCGCCGCCCGACUGACCUUCCUAAGCCCACAAGUGCUGCGUGGAAUACGUCCAACACCUCGCUCUACCGCUGGCUUUGCCAGGCAUAGAGGCACCUUUGCACGAAGGAGAGGAAAGGCCAUUGAGCCCCAACUUCUAAAGGCAGACCCAACACUGAACCUUAAUACCUCGCAUCCUCUUAUCAGCGAUAGCGCUAUUCGUCCUCAACUCGAGAUGUCCACAGAAACCCAAGAACAAUUGCAAUCCACGCCCGACAGAUCAGUUUCGACAACCGAGACACAGCAACAACAGGACCUUGCAUCGACAAACAGCCCGCAGAACAAAGAAAAUGAGACUGCCGAGGAGGAACGUGCCAGAAUCGCUCGUGAAGAGGCUAAGCAGAGCGGGCCUCUAGAGGCUGUACUACAUAUGCAACCACCCGAGACGAAGACGAAGACGACAAGACCUGGCCCGGCCAUGUGUCCACCACCAUACGUCCACCACUUUGACAGUUACUCGCUUGUGAAGCACUUGCAGGGAGGAGGCUGGUCGCAAGAACAGGCUACAACAUCAAUGAAGGCCAUUCGAACGCUACUCGCAGAGAACUUGGAAAUUGCUCAAUCGACUCUGGUUAGCAAGAGCGAUGUUGAAAAUGAAACAUAUCUCUUUACUGCGGCCUGUUCAGAGUUAAGCACCGAGAUUAAAAAUAACCGAAGGCUCGAAGAGGAACAACUACGACAGCAGCGUACGCACCUACAGCACGAGGUUGAUAUUUUGGCACAAACAUUGAACCAAGAGCUUCACACAUUAAACGAUAAUGUACGAGGCUCGUUCAACGAUCGCAAGAUGGCUGUCAGGGAAGAGCAGAAAGUCGUGGAGAGCGCUGUCCAACAAAUCAACUACAAAAUCAGCAGUGUACUUAGUAGCGACGCAAAGUCUGAGAUCGAGGCUGUGCGCUGGAUUCUCAUCCGUCGCUCCGUCCUAGGCAUAAUCUUCAUGGCAGUCCUGACACUGGGAACCCUAAGAUAUGCCACAUACGUGAGCCACGAGCGACAAAGAGAAAUGGAUCGCAUUAAGAGAGAGGAGGAAGAGAAGAGACGGAAUGGAGGAAAACAGGAUCGCACAAUCGAUGCUGAUGCGGCAGCGAUUCUGGCCGCCAACGGAUAA